CCGAGGAUGCAUCUACCGGUACAGUACUUCGCGGUGUCCUUGGCUGGUUUGACCAAAUUCCUUUCAUCUAUCUACCUUUGAUGAAGCCAUGGAAGGCGGCGAUAUUGACCCUUGUAGCAGUUGUGCUGGCUGCCGUCGCUCAGGGGGACCAAUGCUCGGCCAUUGAAGAGGACAUCGACUACUAUGGUAACGACAUCCGCUCCACCAACCAGUUUCGCGCGGACGAUUGCUGCAACGAUUGCUCGUUGACGCCGAAUUGCGUCAUGUUCGUGUGGAGCAAUGGCACGUGCUGGCUCAAGUAUUCGCUGCAGGGCACACGCAGUCGAUCGUUCGGGAAGCGAGCAGGGUUUGUGCACCGAGCAACCCAAUGUAGCGUUAUCAUGGAAAACAAGGAUUACAUUGGCGGGAGCUGGUACGAUUUAGCCAAGACGCUUCAAUCUCGCGCCGAGGCCUGUUGCAGCGACUGUGCCGCCACGUAUGGCUGCGCAGCGUGGGUAUGGUACAACGACACUGUGUGGACAAAGAAUGGCGUGACUGGCUCUGGCACGUGCUACCUCAAAUCAAAGGGAUACGUCCAUGACAACAGCACGAUGUCCCGCCCUGGACGGCGGGCUGCAGAGUACAGGAACUACGUGCCAACGCUCGGCCCGCCGCCAUCGUCCUCGUACGAUUCUUCGUCGAGCUACAGCAGUUCGUCCAACUCGACCAUCAACGCGAUUCUCAUCGUCGUGGGCGCCAUUGGUGUCUUUGCUGGAUGUGCGAUUCUCUGCAUUAAAGUGUGCUCCGAAGUGUCCGCAAACUACCCGAACGCCCCGCUCACGACCGACACACCUCGCCAACUCCAGCCCGAGUACCAAAACUUGGGACGGCGGCGCCAAGACAUCGACAACAAGUCCGAGCACUUGUGGCGCUGUGGCAUCUGCUGGUUUGACUCGCCGUCCGACAAAGGCGCGUGUAUGCUGUGUGAAUCCGACCGAGGCACGUCGUUCGAGUCCCCUAGUGACCUCAACGCCGUCCAGCACAGUGCGUGGGCUCGAAACCAGUGGGUUCGCACAUUCGACCACGUCGACGAUGUAGCCAUGUGGAAGCAACGGCCUACUCACGCUACUACGUGCGCAGACUACUUUUUUGUGAUUGCGUCGUCCAACCUCGUCACAGACAAUGACGACGACGCCUGCCACUGUCUGACGUGGCAGCCUCUGACGCGAGAGACGAGUGCAGCUGCGACACUGAGCGGCGAGACGUUGUUGUCGUCGUGGUUUCUCAAUGAUGCUGACGACACGGGAGUGCCAAGUGUGGUGCCGUUCCAGGAAAAGUUUGCCACGUCGUUAAUCCACUGGACGCACACUGUCACAAGUGUAACCAAGAUCAAAAUCCACAGAGACACCGUUUGGCCCGAAUCGGUCGCGGCGCUCGUCGAGAUUCGAGCCGCGUCCAAGACCAAGGUCGUGUUUCUAGGCGAGGAAGGCGUCGAUGCCGGCGGCGUCCAGCGGGAGUGGUACUCGCUCCUGUCGCAGGCCUUUCUGGACAAUGGGCUGUUUAUCGAGCACGACAACCGAAGCCUCGGCCUCAACCCGCAGUACGACGCCGACCCCAUGCACUUUGUCGUGCUUGGGCGGUUCCUGGGUCGGGCGAUCAUCGAUGGCCAAGUACUGCCGUUCUCUCUCACGGUGCCGCUGUUCAAGACGUUACUGGGCUACCCCGUAUCGAUAGAAGACAUCAGGUAUAUUGACCAAACUACGUACACGUCGCUCGUGUAUGUGCGGGACACGGCCGAUGUUGGCGCGCUCGCGCUGGAUUUUACAUGGACGCUGCCCGAUGGAACGUCUGUCGAGUUGAUGCAAGGGGGGAGCGACGUGGCUGUGACAGAGGCCAACCAGGCCGAGUAUGUGGCAGCGCUGGUGCGGUUCUGGCUGCUGGACGCGGUGCAAGGCCCACUGGCGCUUGUCGUCCGCGGGUUCUACGAUGUGCUCAGUCCCGACGUCAUGUUUCGGUUUGAUUACAAGGAGCUGGAGCUCAUACUGUGCGGCACGAGUGAGAUCAACAUUGUCGAGUGGCAGUUUGAGACGGUGGCAACCCCCGACUUGACGGCGAGCCCAGCACUAGGAUGGUUCUGGGAUGUCGUCGAGCGCGACAUGCAACCCCACGACCGCGCCAAGCUGCUGCAGUUCACGACUGGCAGCUCCCGCGUCCCCCUCCAGGGCUUCCGCGCGCUCACGGGCAACGACGGCCAGCUGUGCCCGUUUAAUUUGAAAGGCGUGCCGUACACCAAAGGCGCAUUGCCCAAGGUCCACACGUGCUUUAACCGCAUCGUGCUGCCGCUGUACCCGUCCCGAUACCUCAUGCACGAAGCGCUCUUUGUGCUCGUAAACAUGGAGGUCAAGGAGUUUACCAUGAAAUAAGGAGAUUUGUAUUACUGUACGUACUACUACUGGGGCAUGGGCAGGAUACGUGUAUGGGAAAAAAAAUAGGCAUUUUGAAGUAUAAUAAUUGACAAAUACAUACAAAAUAAUAUGAAUUGCAAGGCGUG